ACCGGGUGAAUGCUUAAAACGUGCGUUUUUGUAUUUAUUUAAAUUAUAAGCUAUAAUUUUUAUAACUAACAACUAUUCAAUAUAAAUAAUGAAACUAAGCACAUAUAAUUUUCUAACUUCAAUGGCCAUCAAGGGCGUUAAAGUGGGUUAUCCCUUGAAACUUACUAUUAACAAAAAGGAUGUAAUUGAAAGCGAAUUCAAUCCAGUGUUUAUAGAGCGGUUAUUGCCUAAACUAGACUGGGCAGCGGUCUAUAGCGCUGCGCAGGUGGCGGAACUAGCAGACGACAUUCCAGCAGCACAACCCGACAAUAUGGCUGAAGAUGAACAGCUGUUGCAGCGACUGCAUCAUUUGCUCUUUGAAAUCGAUGUGCUUGAGGGCCAGCUGGAAUGCCCUGAAACGGGACGCGUGUUUCCAAUAACCGAUGGAAUACCCAAUAUGCUGCUAAACGAGGAUGAAGUUUAGCCCAAAUACAAAAAUAAAUAAU